UACAGCUUCCUGCCCACAUCGCACACCAUAAACAUUGCAACGUGAAAAUUGUCGUCCCUCCAGAACCCCGAAGGCGCGAUCCCUCUCAAUUGAAACCAUUUUGACUCAUACCUCCACCGUCCAGUCUGGAUAUGAGGAUAUCAUGGUCGGCAGCGUUUUCGAACUAGCUUGAUACUAUUCUCACUCUCACGUGGAAGCACUCGUCAACUCAGCGCAUUCAAUUUUACCAUACUCUCACUAAUCAUGUUGAGGUAUGCUCUUCAAAUCCCAAAUUCUGUUUCCCACUUUGCUCUCCGUCUUUGCUUCCCUUCAACUUCAUCCCUACACUCUCACUCUCAGUCCCAAUCGCUUGACGAAGCUGUUGAUUCCUUCACUCGCAUGCUCUCUGUGCGUCGUACUCCUCCCAUCAUCCAAUUUAACAAGAUUUUGGGAUCCCUUUCCAAGACGAAGCAUUUCCACGAAGGCGUUUCCCUUUUUAAGCAAUUGCAAGCCAGGGGAAUCGCUCCCGAUUUAUUUACUUUGAACAUCCUAAUUAAUUGUUGUUGCGGCAUGGGUCAUAUGGCGCUUGCUUUCUCUAUAUUGGCCAAGAUUUUCAGGAUGGGUUUUCAGCCUGAUACCAUAACGUUGAAUACACUCAUUAAAGGUCUCUGUCUCAGUGGUAAUGUUGAAAAAGCACUGCACUUUCAUGAGAGAAGGCUGGAUCAAGGAUUUCAGUUUAAUGAAGUCACUUACGGGACCUUAAUCAAUGGACUCUGUAAGACCGGAAACACAGCAGCUGCUAUUCAAGUGUUGAGAAAGAUCCCCCGGCAUGGGAUUGUUCCUAAUGUCGUAAUGUACAGCGCAAUUAUUGAUAGUCUGUGCAAGGAUACACUUGUAAGCGAUGCUUUUCAUUUAUAUUCUGAAAUGCUUGCUAAGGGAAUUUAUCCUAAUGUUAUCACAUACAGUUCUCUCAUUUUUGGAUUGUGUCUUGUGGGUCAAUUUAAGGAAGCUAUUGAUUUGCUAAGUGAUAUGGUGCUUAAAAACAUUACUCCCAAUGUUUAUACUUACAAUACUUUGAUUGAUGGGCUAUGCAAGGAAGGAAAGAUCAAAGAUGCUAAGAGUCUAUUGGCUGUAAUGGCGAAAUCUGGUGUGAAACCAGAUGUGGUUACUUAUAACAGCUUAAUGGAUGGGCAUUGUUUGGUUAAUGAGGUAAAUAAGGCAAAAUAUAUAUUCAACACAAUGGCCCAAAGUAGAGUUUCACUCGAUGUUCAAAGUUACAGUAUCAUGAUUAAUGGCUUCUGCAAAAGUAAAAUGGUCGAUGAAGCCUUGAAUCUCUUUGAAGAAAUGCGUCGCAAGAACUUGGUUCCAGACACGGUAACUUACAGCACUCUUAUUGAUGGCUUGAGCAAAUCAAAGAGAAUCUCUUGUGCUUUGGAGCUUCUUGUCAAGAUGCACGAAAGAGGUCCACCUGCUAAUGUAGUCACUUACAAUUCCUUGUUGGAUGGGAUGUUCAAUAUCAAACAAGUUGACAAGGCACUUAUGUUAUUCAAGCAAAUGAAAGAGAGUGGCAUUGAUCCAGAUAUAUGCACGUACAAUGUACUUAUUGAUGGCUUAUGCAAAGGUGGAAGACUUGUAGUUGCAAAAGAGAUUUUUCAAGAUCUUUCUGUGAAAGGCUAUCCUCCAAAUGUGAGGACAUACACUAUUAUGAUCAAUGGGCUCUGCAGAGAGGGCUUGUUUGAAGAAGCAUUGGCCCUGCUGUCGGAAAUGGAACACAAUGGUUGCUUACCAAAUGCUGUUACUUUUGAAACUGUUAUUCGGGCUUUGUUUGAAAAAGAUGAGAAUGACAUGGCGGAGAAAUUUCUUCGGGAAAUGGUUGCUAGAGGCUUAUUGAAUUGAUAAAAGAAGUUUUUGCAGCUUCUCUCAAUAACUUCUUGCCAUUUCUGCUUCUUUUCAACUUCUCGGUAACUCCAUCCACUGUUGCCAUACUUCUUGGUCCGUUUGACUUCCAGGGACUCCAAUUUUGGGUCUGAGCCAAGUGGACCAUGACUGACCCCAGCUAAUUAUGCAGUGUUGGACUGUUUCUUCCAUCAUGGUACAUCUUCGACAGGUUGCGGGUAUUGUUCUGAUUCUUCCAUGGAGUUGUUGGUUCACCGGCAACCCCUUGUGCAUUACUUUCCAGAGGAAGAUUCUUGUUUUCGGUUGCACUUUCAGGUCCCAAAUAGAAGUCCAGAGCUUCUUCUGCUGGCAGUGGAGUGGCAUCAGUUCGAGUGGAGGGUGGUAGAACUGGUGCGCCAGUAAAUAUCCUGAAGCCACGGUGUAGCAACCCUUUUUCUCUCUUGGCCAGGUAACCGAAUCAUCCCCUUCCCCAAUUUCAGUUUGUAAAAUAUUCUGUGCAAUAUCUGUACUGAAUUGUUCUGUAAUGAGCUGUUGAUUCCAUUGCUUAUUUUCGUUUAGGAGUUGAUUAACCCAAAUUAGUUGUGAGUUAGUAGGAAUUAACAUCUUUGUAGAUAAUGCUUGUUGAUUUUUGAUCCAAGAGUCCUCCAUUUACAUAUGGGUAAAUACCAAUCUACCAUGUUAUAUGUAUAAAUUUAACUGGCUACACGUUAAUCCAAACUAUGUUGAAGCUCUCUAGUGUGAAUUUUCCUUUAUACUUUGAUUUGUAUUUGGCCCCUUCGGAAUUAAUUGUGAGACACUAGAAUUCUUCUCAACUUAUUUGGUUUCUAGUUGAACCCAUACUCACUAGAUUUUAAACUUCAAAAAUCACUUUUCUCAUGAAACUCAAACAAAAAUCACUUCAUCUCAAACGGAUGAAAUAUUGCUGUUGCUAUAAACUUUGCAAAGCCAAUCUUUGCAUUAUAAUUUGGUUCUUCAUUUAUAUACUUCCAUUCUAACUUUGUGUGGUGCGUGCUGCAUAAAACAGUUUUAGACUUAAGCAAACAGUACUCCAAAUAAACAUUUGAUACUGCAAAAAGAAUAAUUUUGCUUUAUGGUGAGAGUAUAUGAUACACAAUGUGUUUUGGAUAUUGCAAGUUCAUCAAGAACAAGAUGGCUCUGUCAUCAAGAGUUGUUUGAGACUCUACAGAAAGGAAAAAUUUUAAUAUAGUUAACCAAUUCUUUGUUCAUUUUCACUGACAUAUAAAAUGGGAGCUCAAGUUGAAUAGUAUUUUUUAUUUUUUAUUUUUUUUUCAGUUUUCG